AUGACAGCAGUGGCAAAUGCACCUUUAACCAUGCCAGUGCAGAGAUCCCCGUGGCACUCCCCUGUGCCAUACCUCUUCGGAGGACUCGCGGCCAUGCUGGGCCUAAUUGCCUUUGCUCUCCUCAUCCUCGCUUGCUCUUACUGGAAGCUCUCCGCCUCUCUCGAAAGCGAGGGCGCGGCAGAAAGGGACCUCGAGGCUGGCGGAGAUGAUGCUGACUCUGACUCGAAACCAAAACCAGUUUUCGAAGAGAAGUUUCUUGUGAUUAUGGCUGGCCAAGAAAAGCCAACGUACUUGGCCACACCCAUGUCUAGCAGAACGUCAUCGUUUGGGAGCAAUACUAGCUGUAAUUCUGAUGCAACAACAUCAUCGUCAGAAAAAUCGAAUGAAGCAGAUGAGGAAUCCGAGGUUCCUGGAAGUUCUGCUCCUCCGCUGCAAAUUGUCAUUGCUGAGAAACAGUCCAUCUAA